GUGAUUUCUAUGAAACUCAGUGUAAACAAUUUGAACUACUUAAAUGACAUUUAAAUGGCGAUAAAUUAGCCGCUUUUUUCUAAUCAGGAGAUAACAUGGUACAAUAUUUUCUUUAUAUUUAGAUUCCCGGUUUGUUAUGUUCCCGAUUUGACCACAAGUGAGUGAGGUUGUGUGUUUUUGCUCCCGCUGUAAAGAGGAAAGAAAAUAACAGAGACAAGGAAAAUAAAACAUCCUGGGAUCCUCCUGGGGGUUGGUCUGGUUUAUUUUUAUCUCACCUUAUCGACUUACAAAGAAGAAGUAUCUCUACCGAAAAAGAAAAAAUUAGACACAAUAGAACACUAUUGGCUGGUCAGUAAGAGUCCAGAAGACUCAAGACUAAUUUUCUCCAUAUACUCUGUGGAGGGAAUGAAAUGUUAAAGAAGAAGAAGGAGAUGAUGUGUUUAUAUUGUGUUUAUUUAAAUUUUGUAAUCUCAAUUAAACUUAAGUUAAGUUCUUAAAAUGAGCCAACAACUGGAUGAACAAAUCUCCCUUUUGGAAUCAAGAAGAGUCACAGACAGAAAAAAAGCCUGCGAAUAUCUUAUUGGCAACAUAAACGAUCCUGAGAUUAUCCAGCAGCUGAAUAAUGGGGGUUGGAAUAGGCUCCUUACGGGGGUGCAACACUGCUUAUUAAAGGAUGCUGACAAACUAUUUGAUGAUAUGAAAAAAAAAGGCAGUGAUGUAUGUUCUUGUUACAUAUCUUCCGAUCUGUAUCUGGCCGUAUUAAAAUACGGCCUUCAAGAAAAGGAUGUCCUUAAUAUUCAGGAUAUAACUGAACACAUUAUUUCAUGCUUAAGGAACGUAAAAAUGAAAAAAUGCUUUGAAGUUUCACUUUUAACCGCCCUAAAAGAUUUUGUGUUAUUGCCGGAAAGUAACAGAUCCAAAGUGGAUGGGGAUCACUGGAAAAAUUUGUUUGAUUUGUUGAAAUCAUUUUACGCAGAAGCCAAUGUAACUUCAGAUUUAAAGCAGCAUUAUAUAAAAUGUUUGAUGUUAUUGUUUAAAUUUGCUCCAUCCUGUGGUUAUUCGCCUCAAAGUUACAGAGAUGAGGUGCUGUUUAUCAAUAAUUUGGUGGAAAAUGUCAAGAAAUCUCAUCACAAAGUUAUACAGCAGGAUAUCGUCGAUAUUGUCACGGAUUUUUGUAAAAAUAUUGCCAAAGACGGCAGAAUAACUUGUUGUGAGUUGGGUGAUCAUACUUUUUUGAAUUUGUUUGAGCUUUACGAGUGUAAUGGAAGGGAGGAAGAACUGAAGGUAAAAUUGUUGGAUUAUUUUCUGUUACAAAUGACUAUGCAUCAUCCAAAUGGAGAAAGUGGCAACAUGGCCAUCUCCUCCUCUGCAUGGAAAAAUUACAUGAUCAAAAUGUACUCAAUAUUAAUUAAAGAGGUCGAGUUUUACUUAAAACUUAGUUAUAAGAACACAUCUUACUUUAUACCGUCUAACAAAGAUAUUGUAAAUAUAUUGGAUACGUUUAAAAUGCUCUUUGCUGAGUUGCUGAAUCAGUUGAAUGGCACAAAUGAUUUAAAUAUGAGUUUAUCUAUGACCACUGUAAGUCAAAUGCCAGCUCAAAAAAAAGCCAAAAUUGAUGAAAUAAAUGUUAAAAGUAUCAUUCACAAUAUCAAAACCAAUAAGAAGUGGCCUUGGAUAAAUUUGCUAAGUUUCACCCUCAAAAAAUAUCCAUCCUUAAUAGAUUUAGACGGUAUUGACAAUUUUUUAAAAAUUUUAUCAUCUAUAAUAGUGGAAAGUCAGGAAAUAAAUUUAAAAUAUCAUGCUUACCAAUGUUUGAUUAUAUUGGAAGAAAUUGAAAAUAAAAUCAAUGUUGGAAAUAAAAAAAACGUUUUAAAACAGUGGAAAGAAAUCUCAAAAUAUGCAUUAUUAUCAUUUCAGAACAUUGACAAUACUCAAAUACUCCUAAGAAGAUUAGUUUUAAGGAAAAACAUUGUUGAUGCAGAAAAACUGCUGCAAUUUUUUUUAAUUUCAAAGUACACCAGCGAAAAUGGACUUAGAACAAUAUUUGCAUUACUGCCACAAAUAAGUUUUUCCAGACCUGAUACAACAAAGCAAGAGUCCAUUAUAAAUUGGUUGUUUAAUUUGUAUUCAACAAAGUUCUUGUGUUGUAAGGAAAGCGUUUUUAUAUUUGGUUGCUUGCUGUUCAAGCAAUGGCCCCAUGAAAUUUAUUUGGAGGAUUCAAUAGAGGAAAAAAGUAACUUUACUGAUAUCACAGAUGUUUACUAUAAAAUAAAUUUAAAUCUGGAUGAUACUAAAGAAAUAACAGAUGAGAAACAUUGUGUUGAGAAUAGAGUUAUAGAUUUUGAAGCGCUGUAUAGGUUUAUGCUAAUAUUACGAAAAAACUGCGCACCAAAAGAUAUAGAAAGCACUCUACACAUCACAGAAUUUUUAGUCAACUUAAUUGAUUUCAUUUUGGAUAACAAUAUACGAGAUGAAUGUCCCACAUUGGUGGACUUGCUCCAAAUUAACAUGGAGAAAUUGGAAGAUUUUUUUUCUUUGGCAAACAAAAAUGCCCUUUUAUCGAACAUGGUUUCCCAUAUGGACAUUCUGUACAGGAUAUUUUCGCCCAAGAAGAACAGAAAUGUUUCCCUUCUUGUCAGAAAGUUGGUUUCAGAAUCUUUGUUGAAAGUUAUCUUCGAUUGGAAUCAUUUUAUUCAGGAAGAAAAAUCGAAUGGUAACGCUUCUCCACAAUUGGUUAAAAUCAAGGAAUCUCUGAUGAAAACAUUGUCUUUGUACAGUUUUGUAUCAAGUAAAGAUGAAAUUCUUGAAAAUCAAACGUUUGUCCUGGAUGUUCUUUGCGAUUGUGACAAUAUCGAUGUGGUUAAUGAAGAUGGCUGUAAAAUUGUAAAUUUUCAUUUGGUUCUCGUCGUCUUAGAGCAUUUAAAAUAUGCCACCCCAGGUUUAUUGACGAAUGCAAUUGCUAUGAAUAUUGUCGACGAUAUACAAAAACUAUGCGAAAAGAAGUAUCGUAUAUAUGAUUAUGUAGUGUCUGUAUUAGAUAUAUUGAAAUAUUUUUACCCUCACAUGCCGCAUCUAAACAGAGAAAUUCAGGAGAAGGGUAUUGGAAUAAUGUCGACUUUUUAUAAUAACAAAGAUAAGUAUGGCCCAAAAGUUUCCUAUGCCAUAUUGGACUGUAUUGAAAGUUUAUAUGAGAGUGAAAAAGAAGUUCAAAAAAGUGGUUCCCCCGACGAUAUAGCAAACAGAAAUGCGACUGUUCUGUUAAUGUUUGCAAGAUUGAUGUUGUCUUGCACCUUUUGGAUGGAAGAAUAUUUGUUAUGUUUGUUGAAACUUAUACAGUUUGUAAAUUUACAAUCCGUGGAUAAAAUUCUAACAACUGUUAGUCUGAAGUUAACCAACUCAAAAUCGCAAAAUUAUUUUUUGGAGAACAAUCUACCAAAUCUUAUUGAAAAAUGGAUUAAUCAAGGCAACAAGUUGGGGCAAUUCCCCUAUAAAUUGUUGAAUUGUUCGAAUGAAAUUCAAUUUUACAAAAAAUAUAUCCAUAUUUGUGUUCCAUUUUUAAUCAAGUACGAUGCACAUGGGCUGAAAAAAGCAGCUGAAGAAUUAAACACUGAAAAAAAUGUUAUUAUACAAGCGACUCCAAAAAUUUUCACCAAACUUAUAUAUGAAGAAAUCGAGAACUUAUCCACAGAAAAAGUGACAAAAAACAAAUAUAUGUUAGAUCUUUUAAACUACAUAAGCCAAAAUGAAAUAAUGGACAUUUUAAAAAAUAAUUUGGAUAAAAUUAUUUUGAAUUUGUUGCUAUUUGUUACUGAUAGUGAACAAAUUUCGGAAAAUUUUGGCGAGAGUGUUUUGUUUUCCAACAAAUAUAUGAGCUAUGAACAAUUUUUAGAUUGCCUGAGGUUUUUAAAAUAUUUCAAAGAUAUACUGCCGAAAUACGGUGAUAUUUUCCAGCAGUUUUUUAUUUUUGUGGUGAAUUCCCUGAAAAAUAUAAUAAUCACAAAUGAAUCUCUUAAAAUGGAUUGCCUUGAGAUCGUAAAUUUUCUUGUAGUAGAAAAUCUCACCCAUUUAUCUGAUGCCAUAUCAAAGCUAGAUACAUUCCCUCGAACCGAAGAGUUCGAAAAGUUAAACACAAUCAUCAAAAACUUAAAGUACAAUAACAAAAAUGUGACCUUGCAAAAAGAAAUCGAUUUCUUUUUAAACGCAAACGACGACGAGUGCAACUCAUCCCAAGAAGAAAGUUUAAAGCAGCUGAGAACAACUUUGAUAAAAGAAAAAGUUCAGCUGAAGAAUAUGUAUGAAAACUUAAAAAACAUACGCGGUUUUUCCGAGGACUGCAUUCAAAGCCAUCUGCACAGAUUGGUUGCAAAAUUGGUUAAAAUGACUUGGGGAACCGAUAAAAGUAUAAACUCAGAGGCUGUGAAGUGUCUUGGAGAGCUAGGGCCAGCUAAUCUUCUAACAUUGAUAUUGCAACCUGCGCAAAGUCUGGAAAAUGAUAAAUGUACGCCGUUCGAAAUGAUAAGCGGGAUAGCAGUUUUACUGUUGUCCAAAUAUAUUGUUGAUUGUGAUAUAAGAAUUUCCAGAGUUGCUUCUAAUGCCCUACAUGAUGUUUUAAAUAGUAAGGAAGCUAUGAAGAUGACAACUGCUUCCUUUAGCUUUAGCAAAAAAGGUUCUAUUGAUAAACGCUUUUUGGUUCCUUAUAUUGGUUCAGAAAUAUUAACCAACAACUCCAAUGUGGUACUGAACCAGGAUUUGUUGAUUUCAUCGAUAAACUCCGAUGAACUUUGGUGCCCGAAAAAUAAUAUAACCCACGAACUCUGGGUGGUUGAAUUGGUUAGAGCGUUACUGGAAGCGUUUGGGGAUGAUUGUUUUCUACCAAAAUUAAUUCCUAUUUGUAAUGAGAAGAUUGAGAUUUGCGAAGACCUUUUGCCGCACCUCAUUUUCCUAUGUCUGCAUGACAAAAAGAUAGCGAAAAUUAUGCCCACAAAAAUCAACAAAUUUUUCAAAAAACAAUGGUUGUGUUCUUUGAACAAAUCCUCCAGUAAAGAUGUAAUUAGAGAUAAAAGAACCGUAAAGUGUAUGUUGAACGUUGUUGACUUUGUUAGAUUGAAGAAAUCCGUUGCAAAAUACAAAGCCAACAAGUUCGAUGUCAGCUAUUUAUACGUAGCACAGGCUUCGCAAUAUUGCGAUGAUAAUUUUGCAGCUUUGCUGUAUGCUGAACUUUACUGCUACUCGAAAUUGGAGGAGGUUGAAAAAAAACAUUACAAACCUCUGCCGUCUGGUUACACAAAGCACGAUUUGAUCUACGACAGUUUGGAUAGGGAAACAGCUAAGGCAAUGCACAAUAUUUUCCGUAAAGCUUAUAAAGCAAUAGGCGACUUGGACGCAAUGAACGGUUGCGGCAUAUCGUUCAUUCUAGAGCCCGAGUUCCGCGUCGAAAGUUACAAGGACUCGAAUCAAUGGGACCAGGUGGCCCACUUCUACGAAAUGCAGGUCGGACGCGGUGACAUUUCCUGCAAGAAAAUGCUAAUGGAUAGUUUGAAAAUGUGCUCUCUAUACGAAGUACCUUUGCUAUGCGCGAGCGGUAUAGAAGAGCAACAGUACGAGUGCCUUUGGAGGUUAGGUCAUUGGAAUUUCGAGGAACCGACCUCGAAUGCAGAGGUUAAUCUGGACGUAAACGACUUUGAAAAGUUCAAGUUCCGCUAUCUAAAAUCCUUGCACGACGACGAUAAGCUGAACUUUGAAAAAUCGUCGCACCUGCAAAAUCUCUGUCUCGUGGAAAAACUCAAGCAAACGAAUUUGGAGUGCAGCAAAAAUUUGUACCCGAUUCUUACGCAAGCGCAGUCUUUAGUCGAAGCGCUGGAUUUUGCCGAGGCCUUCGAUAGUGGGCAUUUCGAAGGCCUGCUUCAAAAAUGGCACUUGCAGGAUUUGAUAAGUAAAGAUUCGGAGUUUAGAUAUAUCGAGCCCAUUAUCGCGCAACGCGUGGUUUUAUUGAAAAGCUAUCUGAAGAUCGCUAAAAACAAGGGUCUAAAGGAAAUAUUGGUCGAUAUGAUGUUAAAAUUUGCAGAUUUGGCGAGGAAUGAAAGUGACCACCGCGUGGCAUCAAGAAUAUUAACGGAUUUGCAGCAAAUGUCGAAAAUAAAUGACAUUCAGAAAGCCAAAAUCCAUUUGUCUCAGGCUCAGUUGUGUUGGGCUUUAAAUGACAAACUGGCUGCCAAACACAUACUCAGCAAAUUGGGGCGAAAUGAAGAAGAAAAUCCAAUUGUAAGGUCUAGAGCUUUAAAACUCUCAGGGCAAUACAUGGUAGAGACCUAUUCCGAAAAUAGGCAAACCAUUAUUGACGACUAUUUUUUGAAAUCGCUGGAUAUCAUCGAUAAAACCGAUACGGAAAGUACAAGGCAGGAAUCGGAUAAUAUUGUAGAUACGUACGAUAAAUUGGCAUCCUUUGCUGAUAAAGAAUAUCAACAGAUGAAAUCGGACAUUUUCCAAAAGAAAAUUUCGAACAUGGAAAAAUCUAAAGAAACAGCAAGGUUAAUAAGAACCAAAAAAAGCCAAACAGCGGACGAAAGAAUGGCGGCAGAUUUACAUGAAAAACAAAGCAAAAUCGACGAAGACGAAAUCGAAAAUAAUAAUAAAGGAAGAAAUAAUUUUUUAAAAUUGGCAUUACGGUACUAUCUUAAGAACCUGCAAAGAAGUGACAAAAACAACAUAAGAAUCUUCCGUGUGAUGUCUUUGUUCCUCGAAAACAGAGCAAACGCUUCUAUAAAAAAAAUCAUCGUUGCAUGUAUGAACAAAGUUCCGAGUUACAAGUACGUCGACAUGCUACCCCAGUUGGUACCGCAUAUAUCCGAAGUUAACACGGACCUAUUUGCCACGGAAAUUUUCAACAUCGUAAAAAAAUGCGCCCUCGAACAUCCGCAUCACACGUUGCCGCUGCUGUUGUCGUUAUCGAACGCAAACGAAGACCGCAGGUUUACCAAGUCCAAAACGAACACGUUCUCGAACGACGACAGGGUGUCCAGCGCGAAUAACUUGCUGGGAAAAGUCAAGGAUACCAUGAACACUGAUCUUGUGGAUAAGAUGGACAAAGUUGCUAAAGCCCUCAUAGAGUUGGCUUAUUAUAAAGCCGAAAGAAAAAGCGACUUUAGUAUACCAUCAUCUUUGAAACUUACAAGAAUACGGUCUUUUGAUAAUGUUUUGCUACCUACCGUUACCUUACCUGUCAGUAAAAGUAACAACUAUGAAAAUAUUGUUGGAAUCGCUUCGUUUAGUACAGGCUUUAGCAACGUGGGUGGUGUCAAUACGCCCAAAAGAAUUAAAUGCAGGGGAACUGACGGUAUCGAAAGAUCCCAGUUGGUCAAAGGGCUCGAUGAUUUGAGGCAAGAUUCUGUGAUGCAACAGGUUUUUACUAUUAUGAACAGUUUGUUGGCCAGUAGUAAGCAAACCACUGAUUUAAGAAUCAGAACCUACAAGAUAAUGCCCUUAUCUAUGAGAAGUGGCAUACUAGAAUGGGUAGAGAACAGCAUGCCCAUAGGAAAUUACCUUGUUGGGGGCCCAGGGCUUGAGGGGGCACAUUUUCGGUACAAAUCCAAGGAAGAGUUAUCUCCCACAGAGUGCCUAUACCAAUAUAAGAACGGAGUCGGUGAGUCCCAGGAGGUUCGCUUAGCGAUCUUCAAUACGAUUUGCAAGAGAAGCAAGCCGGUUUUCCACAAAUUUUUCGAAGAACACUUUUUGCAACCAACAGUUUGGUACGAAAGGCGCAGGGCCUACAUACACAGUAUUGCCACCACCAGCAUGUGUGGUUAUAUACUGGGUAUCGGCGAUAGGCACGUCAGCAACAUUUUAGUCGACAAAAACACCGCUGAAGUUAUACACAUUGAUUUUGGUAAAUCCUGUGAGAAAACAAUGGAAGUCCUUAGAACAAACGCACAAACAAUACUUACAAUUUUAGAAAUUCUUCUUUAUGAUCCUUUAUAUUUCUGGAGUGUCACUCCUGCUGAAGCCAAUAAAAGACAAACUGACGAUUUGGACGAACAUUCCGACACAGAUGAUUCCUAUGAAGAAUCUGGCAAAGAACUGAACAUAACUGCCGAGAGGGCGUUACUGCGUCUGCGCAGUAAGCUGCAAGGUACCGAAGAGGGAAAUCAAGCGAGCAUUGAGCACCAAGUCGGCACUUUAAUCCAGAAGGCUAUGGAUCCUUCAAAUUUGUGCCGCCUUUUUUAUGGUUGGCAACCUUAUUUAUAAACUAAGUGUUAAAAUGUUACCCUCUAUUUGUUAAGAACUACAUACCUAAGUGUUUAUUUUAUUAUAUUUUUAAUA